UACAACAGAAGAAAUUUUAGUUAUUACUUUUCAAUGUUGAUAGAAUGGACGGUGCAACGAAGCUGGACGAGAAAGAGAACCAUGUCCUGUCCUCAAAAGAAAAGGGUCCAGUUACGAACUCACUAAGAACCCCACUUUCAGAUGUCCAGUCCAAUACAAGAAGUGACGAAAGGUGUUGUAGCUUCAAGAAUAAGAGGAAGGUGAAUGAACUAUGUAGCAACGAAUGGUUAAGCUUCACAAACAGAAAAUGUUUCGAUUCUUUAGCUAAUGAAAUAACUCAACAGAAAGAAGCAAGUGACAUUCCACGCUUAGGAUUGGUACUACCUAUUCAAAGAAUUGCUGAAGAGCAACCACGCAGAUUUUUGGAUAACAGCUUCACCAGUGGUUUUAGAAUAACUAAUGUUGCAAAAACUAUAGACAUAAAUGGAAAACCCAGCAUUCAGACAACAGAGGACACACCAUUUUUGGGGUCUAAUGUGCUGUUACAAGUGACUUUAUCAAGAGAUGACUCAAAGCAUGCUAGGAUGGAAAGAGCAGCCAAGAUAGCUAAGAAAAGAAAGUGUGUGGGCGUUGCUUCUCAACAAGGAACUAUGCCUGCAAGCACAUUCACCACACAAAUCAUAGAAGUGUGUUCGAUGGAAGGUCAACCAACAUAUACUAGAAGGUAUAGAAGGCAACUAAUGGACGCAAAAAAGAGUCCUGGUAUCUCCAAACGCAUGCAAGGCAAUAAGGCGUCACAUAGAUCUAACACACACAUUAAGUCUACUGAACGGUCAAAUAAGGAGUAUGUGAACAUCGGAUAUGCAAUGUAUGAAUGUGAACAUUGCAAUGCUCUAUAUUGGUAUGCUGAAAGGUCAAACAAAAGUUACAAUACAACAGAAUUGAAAUUCACAUUAUGUUGUAAAGGAGGAAAAGUUCAACUUCCACAAUUGCAAGAGGCUCCGAGAGUGUUGUAUGAUUUAUUGUACAACAAUACCCCUAAGAGCAAGCAUUUUUGGGAUAACAUCAGAGCUUACAAUAGCAUGUUUCAGUUCACAUUAAUGGAUGCAAAGAUAGACCGUGGCAGAAGUCAAGCAAGAGGGCCACCAACAUUUAUUCUUUGUGGAGAGAAUUAUCAUCUAAUGGGUAGUCUGAUUCCUCCAGAGGAAAACAUUGCAAAAUUUUUCCAAUUGUAUGUAUUUGAUACUCAGAAUGAGAUUGAAAAUCGCAUGGCAGCUAUUCGGGGUGAACAUCACAAAGAGAUACAUGAAGAUAUUGUUAGAGAAUUGAAACAAAUCCUUAAUGAUAACAAUGUACUGGUGAAGGCAUUUCGCAUGGUUAGAGACUCACUCGCACGAGAGUCUAAUAAUACAAUAAAGCUCAGGCUUUUGGGUAAAAGGGAGAAGGAUGGUAGGCGAUACAACCUGCCCAACACGAAUGAGGUAGCUGCAUUGAUUGUGGGUGACUUUGACAUAGAUAAAACUGAUAGGGACAUUGUGGUAGAGACACAAAGUGAAAGGUUACAAAGGAUUAAUCAACUCAAUCCUACUUAUUUGGGAUUACAAUACCCAUUGUUAUUUCCAUUUGGAGAGGAUGGUUACAAGGAAGACAUACCUUUCAACAAGGGUAAUCAAAGUGGUAGCAAAGGGUGA